AUGCAUUCUGACUACAAGCUACCCACUAUUGAAUUUAUCGAUCCGAUAAUUUCCGCUGAGAUACCAAACAUAGAUGAAGAUCCAGAAUUGUAUUCUCUUGUGAAUGAGUUCAUGAUUCAUGACGAUGAUAUUGAUGAUGUUCUCGACAAACCUUAUGUUGCUUCUUCAAUGUUCACAGCUUGGAUGGAGUGUAAUGCAGUUAAUGUUGAUGCACGAAAACUUAUGUAUGUUGAAUUUCCUACAAAGUUUGUUUGGCAAAGUGGUGAUAGGAUUUGGAAGCCACGUAAAGUAGGAAAGUGCAUUGGUAGAAUUCAUUCGGUUUCACCUAAGCUAGGUGAAGGUUAUUUCUUAAGGAUUUUGUUAAAUAAGGUCGAAGGUCCGAAAUCAUUUGAAGAAAUUCGCGCAGUAAAUGGUGAAGAAUAUUCUUCUUUUAGAGAUGCUUGUUAUUCUCUUGGUCUCUUGGAUGAUGACAAAAGAAUACAUUGA